GUCCUCCAACCAUGGGUACAGCGGUUUAGGGGGGCGCCGCACACGCAGAGACCCAGAGGGGCGCCAUCAAAAGACAACAUCACAUCAAGAGGGAGAGAUUGGUGGUCUAGGCUAGAAGAAGAGACAGAGGUGGCGUGAUCAACAACUUGAAGAGAAAACCUUAUAUCUCUGGGAAAAGGAUUAUAUAUUUCUUCCAUUCUUCAUUAAUCAUAAUUUUUUCAUGCAGUUUCUGCACUGAUUCGGAUUAUCAAGAAUCUUUUUGGGACAAUUUCAACAACCAAGUGAACGAAUUUGGCUUAUCCUUUGAGGUCAACUGUGUCCUUUUGCAUCUCAGGGAUCUACCUGCUUAUCCCCUCCACCUGGAACAACUUAGAUGAGCUCAACCUGCUUAUAACUUAUCACACAACAAGUGCAAGGCCUACAUCAACUCCUGAUUAUCCCAACAACACUAUUCCUGCAACACUGAAAUCACUGUCUUGUGAGCUCUGCUGGAUUUCUUUCUUUUAAGGCAGCAUGCCACCUCUGGAUAAACUCCAUUUUAAUUUUAACCAGAAUUGAUCAAAGUUGAGUCCUUCCUAUCUUACCUGUUUCUCUUGUCUUUGUACUGAUCAUUGCAUGGUAGUGAGCCAUGACGCUGUUAAAGAUGAAGUUCAACCAGCAGAGGAGGGUACGGCUGGCCCAGGGCCUGUGGCUGAUGUCCUGGGUGGCAGUGAUGUGCGGGGCCUUCAUCUUUUGUCUUGGGGUUUACCUCAAGACAGAGCUUCUUCGUAGGGCCGAGGUGAUGGAUAACACAGAGAUCCACAUCGUGCCCAACAUCUUGAUGAUGGUGGGCCUGGCCUCCAUCGGCACCAACUGGGUUGCAACUCGAGUGUGUCAGGACUCCCUGGAUGCAAGCCGCUUCCCCCGCUGGAAAGUUCUCCUGCUAGCCUGGUUUGCAGUAGCUGCACUGCUGUGUUGUCUGCUCCUGGCGGUGGUGGUGCUCAGCUAUGCCCUGCAGGGACGCCUGGAAGAGUCUCUGAAGGAGGGCCUGAGGAAUGGUAUCCGGUUCUACAAGGACACAGAUGUGCCCGGCCGCUGUUUUCAAAAAGAGACCAUUGAUCAUCUACAAAUGGAGUUUCGCUGUUGUGGAAACAACAACUUCAAGGACUGGUUUGAGGUUCAGUGGGUCAGCAACCGAUAUCUGGAUUUCACCUCCCAGGAAGUCAAAGAUCGUUUCCGGAGUAACGUAGACCGACGUUACCUGUUGGAUGGUGUUCCUUUCAGCUGUUGUAACCCUGCCUCCCCUCGCCCCUGCCUGCAAUACCACCUGACAGACAACGCUGCCCAUUUCAACUAUGACUACCAUGCAGAGGAACUCAACCUGUACAACCGUGGUUGUAGGAGGGCUCUGAUUGACUAUUACAUGGGUUUGAUGAAUUCAACUGGUCCUGGUGUGCUGUCAGUCAUCUUAAUUCAGAUGACGGUGCUUCUGAGCCUGCGAUUCCUGCAGACGGCCGUGGAGGGAGCCAUGGCUCUGGAGAACCCAGAAGAUGAAAGUGAGGGUUAUAUUCUGGAGAAGGGCGUAAAGGAAACCUUUGAGGAUGUCAAAGCCAUGGUCCUCAGCAUGCUAAAGUUUGCGCAGGUUGAUGCAUCUGAAGUACAGCCUGCAGCUGAAGACCCAGAGAAGGCAGAUGAGACCACAGAGAAGGCUGCCUCCCCCACUCCAGCCAGUAGCUAAAGAAAAAAUAUUUCAACAUGAGCUGAAGAGAAAGGGAUGCAGGGGGAGGGCAUGUGUUUGUGUUUUCUUUCUUUUUUUUCUCUUUUAUUUUGUUUGGGUUGUGUGACUUGGGUGGUGGCAGGUAGGACACCUGUUGGGUUUCGACACGGUAGGCUUGAUUUAUGCUCCACCAAUGAAAUGACCGUGGCUCCCUCACACAUGGCCAAAACACAGUAACACAUAGAGGAUCUUAUCUGACCCUGCACAGACACCAACAAACAUCUCCUCUGUGCAGGACCUUGUGAACAUCAGAGAAUCUGCUCAGGAGAUGUGUAGUACUUUUGUUGUGUCUAGAAGAGAGUAAAUUCAGUUUAAACAGGUGUAGCUUAAAAACACAAAAUACAUAUUUGGCAAGUUUUGAUCCAAAUUUGGUAAAGGUAAAAUCAAAUGAUGCUACAGUUUAUCACAUGUGCACUGUGUUAUUCAUCUCACAGCUGUAGAGUUUGUACUGAACUGCAAUGAAAUGCUUAGGAACCUGUUAAACUGGCAAUGCACAUGAAUAAGAUAUUAAAAGUAGAAGUUUUUAACUGCUUUGUAGUGUCGGCUCCCUUUUGUACAUGUAAAAGAACAUAGGUGAGUUUAAACUGACAGUGGGUUAUCCUAGUUCAGUAAGGAGGGUUGGAUUAAGGGUGUGUGUUUGUGUGUAUAUGUGUGUGUGAGUGUGAUGCCCUAUAUGAAGCUGUCAUCAUGUCUAUUCUGGCAGCUCUGAAACAAUCUGAUAAUCCUGGUGUAGUUAAUCCCAGAACUGCUGCACAAGCGGUAUCAGCACAUCCCGACAGCACACAGGAAGACACUCUUUCAAACAGCAGCA